AACAACCAUAGACACAAACACAACAAGCUAAUAAGAAGCUAGGUAGCUGAAUAUUCAGAGAGCACAAACACAAACGCGAGUGCAAAACCAAAUGGCUGCCUCGACCUACUUCCUUCUUGUUGCUUUUCUAGCAUUGGUCACUUCUCAUGCCAUUGCUUCUGAUCCUAGCCCGCUCCAAGACUUCUGUGUUGCCGACAAAGACUCUCCGGUGAAGGUGAAUGGAUUUGUUUGCAAGGAUCCCAUGGCUGUGAACGCUGACGACUUCUUCAAGGCUGCAAAACUUGACCAGCCAAGGGACACCACCAGUAAGGUGGGAUCCAACGUUACUUUGAUCAAUGUCUUGCAGCUACCUGGACUCAACACGUUGGGCAUCUCGUUGGCUCGUAUUGACUAUGCGCCCUUAGGACAGAAUCCUCCACACACGCACCCACGUGCCACGGAGAUCCUCACCGUGCUUGAGGGGACACUCUACGUCGGAUUUGUCACCUCCAACCAAGCUGACAAAAGCAACAAGCUAUUUGCUAAGGUUCUCAACAAGGGCGAUGUGUUUGUAUUCCCCCAAGGACUAAUCCACUUCCAGUUCAACCCGGUCCCUGACAAGCCAGCAGUCGCGCUCGCUGCUCUAAGUAGCCAGAACCCUGGAGCUAUUACUAUUGCCAAUGCAGUCUUUGGAUCAAAGCCACCUAUCUCAAAUGAUGUACUAGCUAAGGCCUUUCAAGUGCAAAAGGGGACAAUUGAUUGGCUUCAAGCUCAGUUUUGGGAGAACAACCACUACUGAAAAAAUCAAGUCUGAGUUCAACAUAUGAGAAUAAAGAAAUGUACUUGUAUUUUACAUACUACUCUAUGUGUUAACCUUUUUCUAGGUUGCGACUGAUAAUAAAAUAAAUGUUCAGUAUUUAUGUACUAUAAUUGCAAUUGUGUCCCUGUUGUGGCUCCACCACAGUGUCCUUAAUCAAAAAGCGAAUGUAAGGUAUACAACAGUCUAUCAUUUCCCAUUUUAUUGGAAUGAUACAUAUGGUA